AUGGGAGACAAAUCCAUCGACCAAAUCAAUGCCAAACCUAAUGAAAAACUUGUUAUAGCCCUUCAUCCUGCAUACACAGUUACAAACAUUCAGACUAAGGUCCGGAUCCUUGACGGGACAAAGGUCACUUAUUCCUCAUGGGUCAAACUUUUCACCUUACACGCCCGGGGGUAUAAGGUCCUUCGUCACAUCGAUGGUACGCCAUCACCACCAAAAGAAGAUCCAACCUAUGAAGCCUGGGAAGAACUUGAUGCUGUGGUUUUACAAUGGAUAUACGAAACUGUGUCUGAUGAACUGUUCGUUCGGGUACUUAAAACCGAAUCUAAUGCCCGAGAGGCAUGGGUCCGCAUCUCUAAGUUGUUCCUCAACAACAAGGGUUCUAGAGUCGCGACUCUAGAACAUGAAUUCUCCAAUUUGAAACUGAAGGCCAUGCCUUCCCUUGAGGCUUACUGUCAACGCCUUAGGGAAUUGGCUGAUAUGCUAGAUGAUGUCGAAAGCCCAGUCCCAGAAAGUCGACUCAUCAUCUAG